AUGUCUCGCUACGCAGAUGACCCUGAGUAUCGCCGCGACUCUCGAAGAAGAGAACAUCGCAGCGAACGUGACCACGGACACAGAGAGCGUGUUGAGCCUGCAAGAGACAGAAGAACCAUGGAUGACCGAAUACCCAGAGAUACCCGUAUGGAAGAUGUUAUGGACACUCGAAUGGAUACCCGGAUUGAUCCACGUAUGGCCUCCCGGAUUGACCCAAGGGAUGCAAGAAUUGACCCCCGGAUGGACGUCCGGACUGAGCCAAGAGCAAGCACUGCUACUCGUAUCGACCCUCGAGCUGGACGUGGUAUGGAUGGCCGGAGCGCCGAGCCUGACGGCCUAGGCCAGAUAUUUCGAGAUCCUGUGACCGGAGAAUAUUAUCGCGAAGUGAGCCAGGUGCCUUCAAGAUCGCCCUAUCCUCCUCGCGAUGAGCGGGGAUAUGAUGAUCCGCCUCCCAGGAGACAACCAGUGGAUGCACCCAUGGGCAGAGAACGUGAAUCUCUAAGGCCGGAGCUCAAUGAAUACUUUUGCCCAGGAGAUGGAAUCGACCGAGAAGUCAUCCAGCAUGAAAUUUGCAAGUAUCUUGGUCAGGAUGCCACAUGUCGCCCCGGCCGAAACCCCGCCGAUGGUCGUUCCGGAUAUUUGGUCAAGGCCUAUCGCCCCUUUACUACGGCAAUGGAGCAAUCUCUUCGUGAUGAUACCAUUAAGUGGCAGCGUGAACGAGAACGAAGGGCCAGACAAGGCCAGUCUCGAGGUACGCCUUAUAGCGUGUGGACCGAAAACCGACCUAAGGAUCGCGUAGGUUCCUAUGCCGACAUGCAAGCCCGACAAGAAAGGGAACGACAAUCCCGUUACCCAGGAGAGAUGGACCUUGACGAGGACGACGCUUACGGCCCACGGUCCCAGAGGCAACGUGAUCCGGAUCCUCGUGAUGUUCGUUCUAUGACUGGUGGUCGUGUUCCUGUCCCUGUCACUUCCGGAUAUGCGCCAGAGCCUGGUUAUCCUGCUUCUUACACUAUAUCUUCAACCCGAGAUCCAUAUGUUCCAGGACAGCCCGCAUACUAUGGCGCAGACAGAGAACCUAGGACGUUUGGCGGCAAUACACCUCCGACAGUUACCAGAGCAGGACAAUCCACGGCAUAUGUACAGCCCGGUGGUGGUUACCCAGUCAGAACAGGAUCUUCAACAUCAUCAUCAAUACCGGCUCCCUACGGAGGAGGAGAUCCGAGAAGAGAAAUGAUGGGUGGGGGUGGCUACCCUCCUUCCGGAUAUACUGAUUCACGUAGGCAUCGAUGA